AUGCACGGUUCGCCGGGCAACGCGGACACGCUGGAGGUGGCGGAUGAGAUUUUAGAAGUAAAUGGCAGCACGUUGGAGAACGCCAGCCAGUCCGAAGUGAUUCAAUAUAUAUACGAGUGCAUCAAGUCCCGAACAAUAUGUCUGCGGGUCCGAAGAAGAAGCGGAAGCAAGCGGGAGUUGGACGGCUUCAAGGCUGGCCGGGUGCGAAAAGCUUGGGUCAUCGCCGUCGAAAGGCGCGCCGAGGAGAGGCUGAAGAGACUGGCGUCCCAUUGGAAGAUCCAGCCCCGCGAUAUUCAAGCGAUACUGCAGCAAGAGAUCAACGAGUCGGCCGCGUCCACGAGCGGGGACAGCGCUGGCAAAAAUGUGACGGGCAACCAAAUUACCGUGACGCUUGCCGACAAGGAGCCAAGUUCGAUCACCCCGAAGCUCAGCAACGGUACCAUCCCGAAGGGCCUUGGGAAGGACUCGAUCGAGGGAAAGGACGCGCUCGAGAAGCCUCAGAGCCACCCGGAGGAGACGAAUCUUUUGACACCGGUGCAGGGCGGAAGGGUCGGGGAACGGCGCGCCAGCAGUCCCUUCCAAAAUGGCCAAACAGAGGUCCUGAUCGGGGAACCGGAGGGCGGGCCAAGGUCGCCGCGGGGAUCGACGUCGUCGGCGGUGAACGACGGCAAUUUCCUGAAUCAACCGGACGAACGUGACGACCAGAAACCCAUUUGCAGGUCCCGAAUUCGUAACGGCAGUGGCGUGACGGACAUACACUCGCAGCAACAGCAGCAGCAGCAGCAGCAGCAGCAGCAGCAGCAACAACAGCAACAGCAGCAGAGCCAACAGGGCCAGCUGCAGGAGAACAACAACGCGAAGAAGCCGCAGGAGGGACUGGGUCCCGAUGAGAUGUGGGCCCCUGGCGGCCUAGGGCCUCACCGGGAGCUACCAGUCGACGUACCCGACACCCUUCUACAGAAGGCCUACCCCAACAAGGUAAAGAAUUGCUCUUCCGACUAUAGGAACGAGCUUCGUGGCCCCCGUAGCGAGCUAGCUAGCGACCUCGACCUCUCCCUAAACCUUAAAAACGACACCCUUAAGUCACCGCCUGCGCCGCCUCCGCCGCCGCCGCCUCCGCGCAUCCUCGAGGACCGCGUGAAAAUCGUGUCUAGCCUAGAGCACACGGACGUGACGGACUCUAGCGUGCGAUCGUGCGUGAGGAACGGCCAUCACCAGCCGCAUAUGGUCAAGAUCGAGCUAAAGAUCGGUUCGGAGAGCCUCGAGGACGAGGACGAGUGUAAACGGUCCAGGAAGGACUGCGCCAAAGACUCGGACAACGAUAAGUACCGUCGCAGUCCGUCGACGUUGGGCUCGCUGGACCUGAAGAAUCCCUUCAAAGACUUCGAGGAAGAGGAGGAGGACGAAGGAGUGAACGAGGACACGAACGGGCAGAAAGAGUCCAGCGUCGACGUGGACGUCGAGGAGGAUUACCCGUUCGCCAAGGAGGAUUACCCGACCAUGCUCAAGACCUGCAGCGACGAUUCAGCCAGUCCGAGGAGCUCAUCGGGUCGGUCGGACAGCACGGCUCCUUUGGACAGCAGUCUGGUCCUGAGACACGCGAAGAACAGAGGGAAAGACUCGCCCACGUACGACGCCAGGAGAAUAGACCUAGGCUCUCCUUGCAGGCCGGUCGUCCCGGAGAUCAAAGUCGCUCCCAGGUUCGGCAGAACGAGGGAAGCGACGUCUUUCGACAAUCCAGCGUACGGGCUGGCAGAUCUCCAAGAUCUCCAGGGUCUGCUGAUGAGAUCGGACGAGGUGUCCGACCUGACCAGACUGAUCGACGAGCAAUGCACCAUCCCUAGACUCCCGAGGGACCAAGACAGAGGCUCUCCGGCCAGGGUCAAGGAACAGUUGCAGUCGGACACGAACACCGUCGGCAAGUCCUCGAAAAGCACGAAGACCCGCAGACAAAUGGAGGAGCGGAACAAGCUGAAAGCUAAAACCAGGAGUCUAGACGUGGAGGAGCUGAUACGAUCUUCCGGAUCUAACGAGGAUCUAGUCGGGAUCGAGUCGGGCAGCAGCCUCUCCUCGUCCUCGAGGCAGCGACCGAAGAAGAAGAAGCACCAGCAGAUCUCUAGCGGUUACUCGACGUUGAGGAGCGACGCGUCCACCGAUCACGAACAGCAUCAUCACGCUGACCGUAGCUUUUUAGUGGUCGGUGGGAGGACGUACCGCGAGGUGGCCGUCGAUUGCCCGCCCGAUUUCGUGCCGGUGACCAAGUGCCAUCCCGUCUAUCCCCCGCCGAACAAGACCCCCGGGAACAGCAAGCAGAACACUCUAGAGCCGAAACGGGAGCGUAACGGGAUCGUGAACCGCGACGUGGGCCUGCUGGUGACCGGGGACGACGGUACGGCCGCGUGCACUAGCCUCGGUACCGCGGUAACAUCCCCGUCGUCGGCGCAACAAACGACACCACCGACACCACCAACAUCACCACCACCACCAUCACAACCAUCACAACCACCUUGCAUCCCCUCGAACGAUCAUAGCCUCGUGGCUAGCAGCGACGAGACCGUCGCUGCACCGCGCACGCUAGACAGAAAGCACGACUCCUCGAAGAAGGCCGGUCUGAACGGGCUGAAACCUGCCAUACCGCCGAGAGAUCAAAAGAGGGCGCCAGCCAGGCCGCCGAAAGAUAAUCUACGUCUGUCCACGCAGAACAAUAAUGUGGAGAGCACCGAUAACGCCAAUGCGGAGCCCACGCAGCAGCAGCUACACUCCAUCAGAAAAUACCAGGAGCAGCUGCGGAAACGGAAGGAUGAAGAGGAGAGGCAGGAGAUACUCAAUCGAUCGCUGCGCGGAUCGACCAAGCUGCAGGCGUUGGAGAGCCACGCGACGAGCCUCGCCGGACAGGAGAAUCCCGCGUACGCCCAGGACGAGGUGACGACCGUCGCCAGGCCCAGCCAUGUGUUCGCGAACACCGUGCAGGACGUCGAGGAGCCUCCCAGGCCCCUCACGUACGGAGAGGUGGUCGCUACCCUGGAGAGGCUACAGCUUCAGCUGCGCAGCAUUUCCGGUGCCCUGGGUAUCUCUGGUCCUGGCGUAGAAGCCGAACUUGAAGCAGUGCGGACGUUGCUGGUGCAAAACCGAUUCGCGUCCGCCCUGGCCACCCACCACGCCUUGAAGAACAGGUUGAGAUCGAAUAAAGUUCUGAAGCAUCACACGGAGGACGCGUCCAGUUUGGCCCGGGACUGCGUCGAGAUUCUGGAGAAAUGGCAAUCGUCGUCGAUGGCAACAGGUGUCGGCGGGGCGGAAACGAUAACAGCCGUCGAGGAGCUGAACGGAAUCCUGACGAGCUACGACAUGGAGGCUCUGCUUCUCGCACACGAUUCAAUCGUCUCGUACGUGGACGGAUUGCAGAGGAAGCAGAGUCCUUCGUCCUCGUCGCCGAGCGGACCUCCCAGUCCUACGUCCAGCUGGAGAGGUGGUCCCCGGGCGGUGGACAACAUUAAAAUCAUCAGAAUCGAGAAGACGAACGAACCCUUGGGUGCUACCGUCAGGAACGAGGGUGACGCCGUCAUUAUAGGUCGCGUGGUGCGCGGCGGCGCGGCGGACAAGUCGGGGCUCCUCCACGAGGGCGACGAGGUCCUCGAGGUGAACGGCGUGGAGAUGCGAGGGAAGAGCGUGAACGAGGUCUGCGACAUCCUAGCCGGUAUGCAAGGCAGUUUAACGUUCCUCGUGCUACCGGCGCCCACAAGUCACUGGAACAACUUGUCGAACAGAAGAGACGACACCAACCAGAUACAGCAUAUACGAGCGCACUUCGACUACGAUCCCGAGGAGGAUCCGUACAUCCCUUGCCGGGAGUUGGGCGUCAGCUUCCAGAAAGGCGACGUGCUGCACGUGAUCUCUCAGGAGGACCCGAACUGGUGGCAGGCGUACCGGGAGGGCGAAGAGGAUCAGACUUUGGCUGGCUUGAUACCCAGCAAAGCCUUCCAGAAUCAACGAGAGUCGAUGAAGCAAACGAUCGCCGGUGACAAGUCGACCGUGCGAGGCUCGAAGAAGUCUAGCACGCUGCUCUGCGCCCGGAAGAACCAGAAGAAGAAGAAACGGAACAAGUUCGGGGCGAAUUACAACGACGACGGGUAUCCGCAUUACGCAACGACUGCCAUCGACGAUUACGACAGCGAGGAGGUGCUAACGUACGAGGAAGUCGCGUUGUACUAUCCAAAGGCGGACCACAAGAGACCUAUCGUUCUGAUCGGACCACCGAAUAUCGGACGACACGAGCUGAGACAGAGACUGAUGCAAGACAGCGAGCGUUUUGCUGCGGCAAUUCCUCACACGAGUCGACCCAGGAAGGACUCCGAAGUAGACGGACAGGACUACCACUUCAUCUCGCGUUCUCAGUUCGAGUCGGACAUCCUCGGGCGCAAGUUCGUCGAGCACGGUGAAUACGAGAAAGCGUACUACGGCACCUCGGUGGAGGCGAUACGGACCGUGGUGAAUUCCGGGAAAAUCUGUGUUCUGAACCUCCACCCGCAGAGCCUGAAGAUCCUCCGCAACUCGGACCUGAAGCCUUACGUAGUAUUCGUAGCGCCGCCCAGCCUGGAGAAGCUCAGGCAGAAGAGGAUCAAGAACAACGAGAGCUUCAAAGAGGAAGAGCUGAAAGACAUAAUCGAGAAAGCGCGAGAAAUGGAGGACAAGUACGGCCACCUGUUCGACAUGAUCAUCAUAAACAUCGACACGGAUCGAGCGUACAACGAUCUGCUGACGGAGAUCAAUUCGCUGGAGAGGGAGCCUCAAUGGGUGCCAGCGUCCUGGAUACAAUAAACACAGUGGUUCUCGGCUGGUCUCAGUAUCCUAAAUGAAACCUGGUCUCCUAACAAGUCUGAUCAUUUCACGUCAGGUCCGGUUCUCAAGUUCGAAACCCAGAGAGAAUGAAAGGCAAGCAAGCUCGAAAGUCUGACCCCGAAGUUCCCCGAGGACUCGUUCUUCUAUCUGGUGCCUGUUAUACAAAAUAUUAACGUUUCGUACACGCAUACACACGUACACACACACACACUCUCACACACAUGUACACGUACACACCGCGUAUCGAAAAACCUCCUGAGCCAGACCCAUCCGUACUCCAAGUACCGCUGGUUUGGCGUAGUCUUCCGUGUUGCAUUCGUCGGUGCCAUCAGAUGUUCUCCGAGGAUCGUCGACCGGCAACCGUUUCAAGCGUCGAGCGAAAGCCGGAGUUGGGCAGAGGAUGAUCGAAUCAACGAUUACGACGUCAAGUCAUAUCUACGAUUAACGAUUACCGUUAACGGAUAAUCCGGCGAUCAUGAUUAAUGUCUCAGAUAAUCGAAGCGAAUCACGGAAUGAUCGCGACUUCGAUCACGUUUCACGAAAUUUGAAGUGAAUUGUAAUUGAAAAGUGCAAUUCGCUAAAAAUUCAAUUGGACUAUUACAAAAGUGAUCGUACGAACUACAGAUUAACAGUAGAACUACCGAACAUUUAAUACGACUGAUAUGUAAUCCUAAAAAUUCUAACAAUUCUCGAUUUGGACAUUCGUUGUUCAAGUGAAACGAUUAAUUUCAAGAUCAUUUCGAAUAUUCUAUACUUUUGAGGUAUCGAUAAUUGCGAUACAAAACGAACGAAAUCAGUCGUUUUGAUUGGUACGGUGGUUCUAGUGUUAAUGAUCGCAUAUUAAACGUUAUCUAAUCGUCACCGAUUAAUCCUAGAAACGACUAACGAUUAUCGUUAGUAAUCGUUUACAAAAGUGACGGCAAGGUGAUCGAUCACUGCCCAGCUCUGGUAAGUACACACGAGCGUGCACACGAGCGUACACGCGAUCAUUUUCGUUCCUCGACUGGACCUCGGAUAUACGAAAGCACGAUCGCCAGCCUUUCGAGUCCCGAGGAAUCGACCGUACAGGUUGCAACGAUUCGCGACCAUUUCCCUCGGGAUUCUUCCCUCUCUCUCUCUCUCUCUCUCUGUCUCUUUCUCUCACUUUCUCUUUAUUCGCGGGUUGUCCACGGACACGGGGUUCCCCAGGACCGCGGGCAGCCCGCUCGAAGUAGGUUUAAAUCGCGACUGUAAUCUGAUCCCCAAGGAAACGCCAGAAGUCCGCGUUCGAAACGAUUCUUCCCAAAGAUACGCUGAAAGAUCGGCCUUCUUUCAGAUCACUCGCUAACUUUCUACAGGACGUACCCCGCGGACGAUAUCGAAGCGGAGAAUAAGUUCGGCGACAGGAGAACUUUCUCGAUUCGUGUAUUUUCGAGCUUAGACGUGUCGGUUGACUAUCCGCGAGCUGAAAAGUCACAGGGCAACGAAUCCCGACGUUUAAUAAUCAUUACAUCCUCGUCGCAAUCAGUUUCGUUGCGUUUUUCCAUAAUUGACCAACAACGCGUCAGAACCGAGAGGGAUUGAAAACCUCCCGAUUGAAACAGAAUCGAAAUAAAAUCAUAACUGUUAUUGGGUACAUCGUAUUUGGUUCCUAAUAACAGUUAGGUCUCUAUUUCGAUUCUCCAUAACUGUUUCAAGAACCAGGACCAUAAGAUCCAAGACACGCUAUUGGUCUUGGUUAGAUCCACUCAAAAUUCUCAUCCAUUUGUCGAUGAGAACACAGAACGAGAUGAAAGCAAUGAUUCAUAAUGAGAAUACGUACAUUAACACGUUGAAUGCCGCAUGAUUUCAUAGAACAAAAUACCUAAAUCGAAAAAAUAUCAUAUUAGAUCAUUGAUUUGCAUUAUUAUUGCAUGUUCAUCUAGCUGAAUGUCACCGCAUUAGGCAGCAUUAUUGAUAAUAUAGAAAUCUUUUCGAAUAAUCAUACCGAGUGAAUUAUAGUAAUCCGAUUCGGUUGGGGGUCAUUGAUGACCCCAUGGCAUUCAACAUGUUAACACUAGGUUUACGGAGCGCGUCAAUGUGACGCGUAUUGAAUGUUACAGACACUAUUUGGUAUAUAUUUACUUUGAUUAACUACUUUUAAAUCUCUAACUUCCAAAAUCCGAAUGAACGAAAAUGAAUUUUUCUAGGAGUAGUAGAAUAAACCGCACGGUAAAUGUCCGUAAACCUAGUGUUAAAAACAACUGAGUAUUCGAGAGAGUAGAUCGAGGCGUGACCAAUAGCAUGCGUCUUUUCAAUUAUGCGCCACUGUCAGCUACUAAUAGAGCACCAUGGGUAGAAUUCCCUUAUGAUUCUUCAGCUUGCGACUAGUGAGCCAACAUAUCUAAGGUCGAGACUGGAUACUCGCGUUGCACGGAGCAACGUUCUGUCGUCGCGGAUCUAGACGUAGCAUCUCGCGACAAGAUGGCGUGCACGUUGGCGAGACUCAACGCGGACCGCGAUCCUCGCCGACACGGAGUUAUCCAUGAGCCCUAUCAUCGUUCGUCGUAGACACAUCCUCUUUCCAUAUUUCUCUCUUCCCCUCACUUUCUCCUCCUUCUCUCUUUCUCUUUCUCCGUCGUGUUUGUUCAGGGAAGUGAGUCGUACCUCGAAACCUCAUCCCCGACCUCCGAUCCACCUCCCUGACCCCGUAGACCUCGUUAAUACGAUAGACUUAGGCUCGUGUGCGAAACAGCGUGAAAGGAUUUUCGAUUGAACGGAACGGAACCGGCCAACUAGAUACAUGUUUGUGGUUUUCUUGGCUCUUGCCAACGAUUUAUGAAUUGUUUUCCAUUGAAUGAACUGCGACUGAAUGUAAUCGACGAUGCGAAAUGUUCAUUUGUUAUUCCAAAGUUGGAGUUUCGUGUGGUUGAUCGAGGAAGUGUCCGUUUGGAAUUAUUUGCUCUGCUAAAGUGUGUGGCUAAACUAGUGCAAUGAUCAGUUGACUGAUAUAAAUUGAAUGGCAGUUUAAGGAAGGUUUUAAUCAUCUUGGUAGCUUGAUGAAAUUUAAAUAGCUAUUUCAUUGCGUACUGUUUUUAAUACAUUCUGUGUUUAAUAUUCUUUUUAGCCAUCGCGAAACCUUUUAUUCCUUUGAUCCGUUCGAAGUGCAAAUUUCAAUUUCAAUAUUUUAUUACAAUACAUUUUGCAUUUUAAUACUCUUUUUACCGAUCGCAAACCUUGUAUUCCUUUGAUCUGUGCAAAUUUCAAUUCCAAUAUUUUAUUACAAUACAUUUUGUAUUUUAAUAUUCUUUUUACCGAUCGCGAAACCUUGAAUUCCCUUGAUCUGCUCAUAGUACAACUUUCAAUUCUAAUAUAUUCACGAAUAAUUCUUUCAACGAUGUUGUUCACGAUUUCAAACGAACAUUCCCACCUAGAGGUAGCAAGAAUUUGUCUCCCAAUUGAAAACUACCGAUCGCCAUUCGCUCUCGUCGAAAGACAAGACACCUCCGAGUCCAACCGCAAACUGCCAUGAUCGCCCGUUCUUUUUCGUUCGUUCGCUUAAGAAAUCCUCGCAUCCGAUUGUACCGCGACGGCCCUGCCAGUGUCCCGCGUUCCCGACGCAACGGGACGCUGUUCGAAAGUCGGAAGACGGUGUUCGGUUUACGCGGCGAAGGGAGGGAGAACGAAGAAGGCAGCCGAAGGGGAAGGAAGAAACCAUGGAAAGCGUACUUUCGUUCAAAGCGGCGCUCGAAAUUCCAAUUUGUGCCAAUCGACCGAUGGGAACGCGUGUGCGGACCGACGAUGUGCCAAAACGUAGCGUCCCGAGCCCCGUCUUGUUGUUGCCCGCCGGAGUGGACGCGGUCGAGUUUCGCGGUCGGUGAUAUUUAGCACGCGUGAAACGGGAACGAUGAUCGAUAGAUUGCAAACGAAACGAAAUAAGCGAACAAACGAGAGGAGAAUAUAAACGAAGAAAAGAGAAAAAAAUGAAAAUGAAUGACAGUGGGAAAAGUCUACGGAACACGCUCAACGACACCCCCCGUUGUUCGUCGUUAACAUUGUUUCUGUAAAUAUUUGUGCACUUGUAUAAAAACAGAGAUCACGAAUAAGAGGAAAUUUAUCUUUAUUAUUAUCCUUAGUAUUAUUAUUAUUAUUAUUAUUAUUAUUACUAUUAUUAUUAAUUAUUAUUAUUAAUAUUAUAUUAAUAUUAUAUUAUUAUUAAUAUUAUAUAAUUUUUAUUAUUAUUAUCAUUCUGAUUAUUCCGUUUAUUCUGUUUGUUAUUGCGACCCGUACUCUUUUUCUCGAGCGUAUCCAGACAGGCGGCGGCGAGCGAGCGUCAGUUCAAUCGAUUUUCAAUGGCCCACAAAAAGAUCGCCGAGGAUCGUCGAUCACCUCGGAUCCUCGCACGGAAUAUUUCAUCGAAGCGUUCGCGCGUUACCGAUUGUAUCCUGCGAAAUCGGAGUAUGUAACGUGUAAAUUGCGCUGAAAAUCGCACGUACUUACUUACCGAACGCCUGUCGACAUUCUUCUCUGUACAUUGGAAAAAAAAAGCAUGAUUCCGUUUUGAUUCGACGAAACAGCCAGAUUUUAUGUGUAAAAUAAACGUACAACUUUGAAAGAGAGACAUUAUCUAUAUGUAUAGGUGCAUAUACGGUUUUUUGUAUAUACGUACGGUAUAUACGCACACGGGACACGAAUACACACGGGUAGAUACACUCGCAUACGUAUUUACACGCACGCGUAAAAACACACACACAUACACACGUGACACUUGUACACGGACACACGGAGGACACGUAUGUGCUGCGAGAGCGAGAACGAUACGAUACAGGAGUAUCAAAAUUCAGCGUGUAUUUUGUUAAGAUCGACUUGUUGUUGACUAACCCGCCGACCCCCUAAACCAGUGGUUCUCAAACCGAGCCCUGUAAGACGCGAUCAGCGUCGGGACAGAGACUCAAACAUUUCAAGAAUGAAACACGAAAGGUGCACGGAAGAUUAUAUUUUAUAGAUUUUAAAUUCUCCACGUUUCUAACUGUUCCCGUGAAUUCUAAUCGAGCCGAGCAUCGUCGACGAUGCGAGUUCCAACGUGAACAGCCAAGAACACUUUAAGACUGCAAAGGGUUGAGAUCCAUUUUUAAUGAGUUCCCGAAUUCACGUACGGAGUGUGCCAAAAUAUCGUUACUUCCGAGAUACGUCGUACAUUUUACUUCUUCCCAAGCACGCGGCGAAUAAACGACAGUUUGGGAACCACUGCCCCAACCCUUCGUCCAGGGGGAGGCUACGAUGAUUUCGCGGUGCUCGUUUCUUCCAGCUCUUCUUCUUUCGUAUUCGUCCAGCGACGUCAUUGUUUCAUCCGUCAU